CUCCUACGACUGCCUCCUGGAUGACCCCUUUGAGCACCAGUGGCCCACGUUACCCGAGCUGCCGGGCAUUAACUACUCCAUGGAUGAGCAGUGCCGCUUUGACUUCGGCGUGGGCUACAAGACGUACACGGCGUUCCGCACCUUCGACCCCUGCAAGCAGCUGUGGUGCAGCCACCCGGACAACCCCUACUUCUGCAAGACCAAGAAGGGGCCACCCUUGGAUGGGACCGAGUGCUCUCCAGGCAAGUGGUGCUUCAAGGGUCACUGCAUCUGGAAGACGUCGGAGCAGCCUUACAGCCAGGAUGGCAGCUGGAGCUCCUGGUCCAAGUUCGGCUCAGCGCCCAGGGCCCACGGGCGGCGAGGCGUGCGCUCGCGCAGCCGGAGCUGCGACAACCCACCCCCGGCGUAUGGUGGACGCCACUGCCCGGGAGCCACAUAUGAGUAUCAAGUGUGCAACGCCGAGGAGUGCCCGGCGCCCUACCAGGAUUUCCGUGCCCAACAGUGCUCCAAACGCAACUCCUACUACACCCACCAGAACAGCAAGCAUGCCUGGCUUCCUUACGAGCAUCAGGACGAUGCUCAGAAGUGUGAGCUGAUCUGCCAGUCCGAGGGAACGGGGGACGUGGUGUUCAUGAAUCAGGUUGUUCACGACGGUACCCGGUGCAGCUACCGAGACCCCUACAGCAUCUGCGUCCGGGGCGAGUGCGUGCACGUCGGCUGUGACAAGGAGGUCGGCUCCCUGAAGCAGGACGACAAGUGCGGGGUCUGCGGGGGGGACAACUCCCACUGCCGGACAGUGAAGGGCACGCUGGCCAAGACCCCCAAGCAGCCGGGUGUUUUGAAGAUGUUUGAGAUUCCAGCUGGGGCGAGGCACCUUCAGAUAGAAGAGAUGGAGCCGGCGUCCCACAGCAUCGCUGUUAAGAAUCAAGCCACAGGUAACUUCAUCCUUAAUGCCAAGGGCAAAGAAGCUAAAAGCCAAGUGUUCAUUGAGAUGGGCUUGGAGUGGGAAUACACCAUUGAACAUGGCAAGGAGAGCCUGAAAACCAGCGGUCCUCUGCACGAGGCCAUCAGCGUUUUGGUCAUCCCUCAGGAGGAGGAGGUGAGGAGCAGCCUGAUGUACCGGUACAUCAUCCACGAAGACUUGCUGCCCAUGAUCGGAAACAACAAUGUCCUGCUUGAGGAGAUGGAUUCCUACGAGUGGGCCCUCAAGAGCUGGUCUCAGUGCUCCAAGGCAUGCGGAGGAG